UUUUGGCUUGAUUGCAUUUCCUGAUUAAUUCUUCUGGAGAACUUGCUCCUAAAUGAAGGUUGUCCACAUAAAGGCUACUUGCUAAUUCAGUAGCAGUUGUCAUGCCGUAUUUCUCUAAAUGGUGACGUAUUACUCCCGCCAGAAGGUAAGGGGAGCAAAUAACGCCAAAAGCAACUCUCGCAAAACGAUAAACUUGUAUGUUAUCGGUAGAUGGUGGUUUACCCGGGUCCUUCAGCCAAAGGAAUUUGGCAACUUCCCGAUCUUCUUCGUGUAGGCCCACCAUAAGGAAUGCUGCCUCCAAGUCAGCAAUAGCCACAAAUUUUGGUAGGCGAAAUCUGAGCAACAACCCUACUAGUUCUGGUAGGAGCACAGGGCCACGGAGGAGGCAAUCAUUUAAUGAAGGUUGCCCUCUCGGAUGUGCACUUGCGUCGAAUACUGGUCUCACCUUAUGA